GAGCGGCCGGCGAAGGUGAGCCAUGGCGCAGGAGCUGAGCCAAGCGGAGCUGCUGGACUUUCUCUGCCAGGCCGGGGGGCGAGUGGCCAACGCCGCUUUGCUGGGCCACUUCCAGCGCUUCUUGCGCGACCCCCGGGCGGCCCCCGCCCAGCUCCAGCACCGCCGCCACCUCUUCAAGGGCUUCGUCAACUCCGUGGCCACCGUCAGCCAGGACGGGCCCGGCGGCGCUACUUACGUGGUGCUGAGGAAACGGUACCGAGACCUGAUCGGGGAGGAGUCCAGAUCGCCGCCCGACCACGGCCCGUGGCCUGAACCGCCGCCGUCGCCGCGGGCACCAGCCGGCCCAUCGCCGCCUCAGCCAGCCAGGUGGGAUCGCGCCGGCGCCGCCGCCGGGAAGGCGCCGGGAACCGCUUCUCCCCGGGGAAUUUCCGAACCGCGGCGGGAAACGGGUGGCGAAGUGGCGGCGGGCCGGAGGAGGAAGGCCGGCAGGUGCCUUCCCGCCACACCUGGAGUCGGAUCUCGGCCUCCGCCUGCCAGCCCCACCUUGGGCUGCCUGGGCAGAGAGAAAAAGGCUCCCCGGCAGCCGCUCGCGGAGCCAGCCGCUCGGGACCCGCCGCUCCUGCGGGAAAAGGCGCGGCAGGCCAACGGCCUCAGUUUACCCGUCGGAGAAAUGGGUGCCGGCAGCGUCCAGCAAAGGAUUCGGGACUGGAUCAUUACCCAUCAUGCGGCUUCCCCCGAGCCCUGCCAGGCCCUGGAAGGAGAGGAAGCCUGCCCCAUCCCAGCCUGGUCUCAAAGCUCGGACCGGAGCCGCCUUUGUGGGUCGCUGGGUUUCGAUCCUCCGUCGGAGUCCUCGGAGGGCUGGCGGGACUCUCCCGUGCCCGUCUUCCGCAGCAUCCGAUGCCGGCUUUCCUUGCAGGAUUUUGAAGAUUACCUGGAGCAGGAGAGCUCGGCCAGCGAAGAGGGCAGCAGCGCCAGCAGGGAGAGCGGCUCCCAUCCCAGGGAAAGGGAAGAAGCGGGCAGGAUGAACGGCUGCGUUGGAAACUCAGCUGGGCACGAGGCACCUGGAGUUGCCCCUCACAGCGAUAGAUUGGGGGUGAGGAUGCCCCUCGCCCAGUCCAGUCAGGACUCCAAGACUGGCAAGUCCCCUCCUCACAUUGAUUUGCUGCACCUUGUGGUUGGCAGAGCUGCCACCAGGGACAAAACAGAAGGGAGGGAUUUGCUCAAACCGAGGAAGAUGGGCAGGCCACCGUCCCCAAAUCUGGACGCCCCCUUAAGCCCCCAGUGGGCCCCCAGACCGAGACCUGUGGUAAAUGCCCCCUCCGUGGAAAGACUGGCCCCUCACCCAGAGGGCCCUGCUGAGCACAGGUCUUCCUCGGUGCCUCUGGACGGUCGAGAACACACCUGGCUGGUGAAAGUUGCCACAGGCUCCUGGAUGCAGGUCCGGGCUCUACUCCGCGAAGACCCUCACCUGGUGCUCCACAGGGACUUCGUCUCUGGCUUCACGGUGCUUCACUGGCUGGCCAAGCACGGGAACGCUGAAGUGCUGCAGGACUUUGUCGCCGGCGCUCAGGAGGCAGGAGUUGUCCUGGACGCCAAUGUCCGGUCCGGUUGUGGCUACACUCCAUUGCACCUAGCGGCCAUUCACAGUCACCCCCUGGUCAUAAAAAUCCUGGUGCAGAGGCUACAUUGCCGGACGCAAGUCCGGGACAGCAGCGGCAAGAAGCCUUGGCAGUAUUUGAACGCCAGCGCCUCUGGGGAAAUAUGGCAGCUUUUGGGGGCCCCUCGAGGCAGGACCAUCUUCCCAACUCAUCCCAUCGCCCGGCCGUCCACAGCCACUCCUUCGUCAACCUCCCUGGCCAGGAAAGUGAACAGAAAACCUUCCCUGGCAAGGUACUUGAAACCUCAUCAUCUGAAACGGAAACAAGGGUGCAAGUGCUCCGUUUUACAGGAGAUUGAGGAAUACAGUGAUUAAGAACCGCGGGUGUGGCCUUUGGACCGAGACAAAUUUGGGGGGAAUUUGAUGAUUCAAAGGGAUCUCUAACCUUGGCAACUUGAAGACUUGUGGACUUCAACUCCCAGAAUUCUUCCUGCAGACAUGUUAGCUUAGGAAUUCUGGGAGUUGAAGUCCACAAGUCUUAAACUUGCCAAGUUUGAAGAUGCUUGAUUCAAAGGGUCUCCAAGGAUGUUGUGGGCCCAGCUGGUUGGUUUUUUGUUUUUUUUUCCAGCUCAUUAGCUAUGUUUGGGGAGGAACUGGAUGAAAAAUGACAUUUUAUUCCUUGAACGUAUUUGGAUUUUAAUUUUAACCGGGGAUGGGGAGAAUUGCUUUACACGCCCCGAGUGGAAACUUGGGGGUUUGGGGGUCCGUCCUGCAAAAAAUGCUCAAGGAAAAUUCUCUGGCCAACCUCGAAAUAACCCUUUUCGUGUCCGUUGCCGAGAUGCUGCACUUUAGCUCUUUAUUUUUUCUUUAAAAAAAAAACCAGGUAAAAGGGAACAGCAGUCUGUCUUGAAGGGUGGAUAGGUGGGGGAAUGAUGAUCAAAGUUGAAAUCCAUGUUGGCUUUGGAGCAUUGGGAGGGUCUUUAUGCAAGGACCUUUGAGUUGGGCGUUAGGAGGAUGGGAGGAGGGCUGGUUAUCCCUGAAACUACAAAGCCAGUAUUGAAAAUGCCAUAUAUGAAACCCAGAAUCAAAGAGAAAGUUGUCAUUUGCACUUGUCUCUCACCAGCUGUGAUGAACUUUGUUUUUUUAACCGUUUGCCUUUGGGGACAUAUUAGAGAGACAGGCGGGCUGGAAUGUCUUAAUUAGGUUGGCUAACCUCACUGCAAAGAGUUUUAAACCUUCAAAGGAAAAAAAGCCCAGAGGUUAAAAGAGACAAAUGAAAUCCAACUCACUUGGGAACUUAAAAAGUGACCAACAGAAACUUGAUUGUAUUUUAUUACUUUGUAAGGCCUGUUAAUAAACCUUAUUGCUGCUUACUUACUAUAUUUUUGCAUCAUGGUGUUUACCUUAGAGGGACUUCCUUGGUGUUACCUUAAAAUUAGCCUGAAAGGGAGAGUUUGCAUGUACUUCGAAGGA